AUGACCUAUGAAAAAUUAUCACGUGGAAUGCGUUAUUAUUAUUCAAAUAAUAUUAUUGCAAAAGAACAAUCAAAACGUUUAUUAUAUCGUUUUAUGCGUUCACCCGAUGAAAUUCGAAAAACAAUGAAACGUAAUGUUGAUACAACAAAUACAGUUUACUCAACAAUAAAUAAGAAAUCUCCAUUAUCAUCGCCAUUAACACCUAAUCUUCAUAGACAAGAAUCAUCAACUGAAAUGUCGAAUCGAUUUCUUCAACUUUUUUCAGUUCAUUCACCAUCAUCUUCACCAAUAACGUCAAAUUUAAAUCCAGUUAAUAAUCGAUUAUUUACGACACCCAAUGAUUCUAUAUCAAAAAGUGAUCGUUCAAGUUCAUCAUCACCAGUAUCAUUUGAUAGUAAUCAUGAUAAUGAAAAACAAUAUUGUAGUCUAUCACAAUCAUCUUCAUCUAUAGCAUCAACAAAACGUAAAACAACCAUUCCAAUAUCACUAAAUGCCUGUCUAUCUCGUAAUUAUUCUAUCGAUCAACCACUUGAUUUAGUUGUUCAUAAAGACGAAGAAAAUCACUCAAAUUAUAAAAAACAAAAGCUUAUUUUUAAUUCAUCGAACAUUUGA